CUCAAAGAUUUCCCAGUGAACGUCGAGCGACUGGCAGACAGUAAAGAUGGCGACGGAGCUCACGGUGUGUACGAGUUCCCGGAGAAGAUGACGAAGACGACCAGAUUAGUAACUUUCGAGCCGCGGCGUUGACAGUGCUAAAUUUAAAGACCUAGCGACAGAGGCUCGCGAACUUGCUGACUUUGACAGUAGUUGAACAAAACCUAGCGGACACAACCGGCGCGCAGACAUAUCGUUGCUUUUGCCAUGGAGGAUAUCAACUCGAACAUAAACGCGGACUUGGAGUUGCAGAAGCUUCAAGCCUUAGUGAAGAAACUCGAGCAGCAGAACGAGCAGCUCCGGAGCCGUCCCAGUCUGUUCUCUUCCGGUGGACUGUCGGGGAACACCAGACCCGUGAGCGCCGAGUAUGAUUCUCCGGGAGCGGCGGCGGGGCUCGCCGGGUUCACUGGGGCGGGGUUCGGCGGAUCGAGGGGUUUCGGAGGGGGUUCGGAAAUCUCCCGUCUCAGACGGUCGUAUCCCGGCAGCAGUUACGGAGGGGGUUAUGACAGUGACAGCGCGUGUUGUGACACCUCGAACACGAGUUUCGUGUCUUAUUACGAUUCGCCGGAUUUUAUCGAAGACGGAGAAACUUCGGUGCUGGACGAGGUGGAGAUUCUCGAUUUGGAGGACAUGGAUUGCCUGAACGAAGAGGAAGACAGCUGGUUGUAUGAGGCAAAAUUGAACAGUCCUCUGCAGAAAGCCUUGAGUCCCAUUGUGUGGUGCAGACAGGCUCUGGAUAACCCCAGUCCUGAUAUGGAGUCUGCCAAACGCUCUCUCUUACACAGACUCGACCUUACCAUGUCAGCAAACAAGCGGAGGAGUCUAUAUAACAGUUCCUAUAGUCCUCAAGUGGGCUACGGAAGCCCGUACAGCACAAACACGGCAAACAGUCCCUACAGCAGUGGCUUCAACUCCCCGUCCUCCACUCCAUCUAAAGUGCCUAUCGUCAAGCAGCUCGUUCUGCCUGGCAGUGCAGGUCACCAGCGUGGAUCAGCUGACAGAAACACACAGGCAGUGAGCCCACAGUCAUCAGUAGACAGUGAGUUGAGCACAUCAGAGAUGGACGAAGAUUCUGUCGGUUCAUCGACCACUUAUAAACUCAAUGAUGUCACAGACGUGCAGAUACUCGCCCGCAUGCAAGAGGAAAGUUUAAGGCAAGAAUAUGCUGCAACAGCAUCACGUCGUAGCUCUGGUUCAUCGUGUCAGUCGUUGCGACGAGGAACUCUGAGUGACCAGGAGCUGGAUGCACAGAGCCUUGACGAUGAUGAGGAGGCAGUCCACCAUUCUUACCACACACCCAUCAACCGCUUCAGCCCCUCCCCUCGGCACUCACCCCGCGUCUCCCCCAGGAACUCGCCUCGAUCCCGCUCACCCACCCGCUCUUUAGAGUACAGCCGCGGAUCUCCCCAACCAAUCAUCAGCCGCCUUCAGCAGCCCCGCCACUCUCUGCAAGGCCACGAUACGCAGACCAACACCAUUAAGAAUGAAGAAAAGCUGAGACGGAGUCUACCUAACCUCACACGAUCCAGCUCUGGACCGACUGCAGAGCCAGUUAAAAACAGCAGGAGCUGUGAGUCAAACUUGCAAGUGCCAAACGGAGGAUCACCCAGACACCAGAGUCAGUCUGCCAUGUCACACCAAAGGCUCUCCACACCUGCUCGCUCCUCCCCAAAACCAAAAGAGAGACUUCAGAGCCCUACGUCUCUACGAGUCCCUCUCUCGUGUUGCUUUGGAGAGGAAACAGAUUUCAUGCCCUCCUCCAGUAAAUUGCGGACUCCAGCUGCCCCGUCUCCCUUGGCUCUUCGUCAGCCCAUGAAGGUUAUGUCUAACCAUGGUUCAGGCACAGCCACGCCCACACGCUCUAUGGCACCGCCCCGCAGCGGCCUGCCCCGCCCCGCCGCCAAUGCUGGAGGAGGUUUGCCAGUGCCUCGCAGCAAACUGGUCCAGCCUGUGCGCAGGUCUCUGCCAGCUCCAAGGACAUACAGCGGUAUCAGAGACGAGAGCUGGAGAGAGGGCUGCUACUGAGCGCACCCAGAACCAGCAGCACAAAUGGGCUUUCAGUUCAAACUGGCACUUUAUAGAGACACGUCUUUAACCCCCACAAAUAAAGAGACACAUUCUUCCAAACAAAUGAUUCUGUCCUCUUUCAGGUGACAUUGCAGAACUCUCAUCCCAGCAGGAUAAAUGUGCAAGGCAGACUGGACGCCACAGAAUGCCAAAGAACAACGACAAAAAAAAAAAAAAAAAAAAACUGACUGGGAUUCGCCCUCAACUACCAAAUAGCACCUGUACUGCAAAUUGCGCCAAAUCCACAAUACUGCUUGCAAAUCCCCACUAAGUCCACUAUAGAAGAACAUUGAAUAACUUGUUUUCUCUGUAAGAACAUUAGUGAGGAUCCCUUGUGAGCACAUACAAAUUGACCUUAACUUUUGCCUCAAGUAGGAAAGGUUUGUAUGGCGACACAGUGUCCACAUGGCAAUUGCAUUCUGUCAGAAUGUCUUUCAUAUCUGUGUGACCUCUAUUUAUUUGAAAUCAUUAUUUAAAAUUUCUUUCAAAGAGUA